AUCAACACCACCACCGCAAUCAUGCAGGCCACUCGCGCACUCUUUCAGCGACAGUCAAUGAUCCGCUUCGUCGGAAAGCGCGCUCCUUCAGCUCACACUGACUUCACACCCCGUCCUCAUCCCGAAUCACCAUCCGCUACCCUCCCAGAGUCCUUCGCCGCAUACCGAGAGAAGGCCACACAACACGGCCCACUGAAAAGCCAGCCCCAACAACAACAAACCCCGACGCCCUCAGCUUCAACACAAAAGACCCAACAAGCACCACAGCCACUCUCCAUCGGCGCACAAUCCGGCCGAUCGCUCGGAGCCGUCAAGCCCGCAGCCAACCAAUUCUGGGACCGAAACGAUCUUCCCCAACGGUUCCACCGCACGCCAUUCACACAGGCAGAGAUCGACGCCAUCGAGACUGGUGGCGCGAGUCUGCUGGCGUGAAGGGGGAAAUGGUAUUUGAUUUGGGAGUUACAUCUGGAUAAAAGUUUAUUGAAUGGGUUUUCGGGAUGACUACCAUAUCCGAUGAUAUCUGCCUUGCGCCCGAAUCCACAGACGAAAGAAUGAGUUUUCAAGUGAGGAACAAGGCAGCCCAAUGCUAGUAUGGAGGACAUCAAGUAUGGAAGUCACGACUGCGGGUUGUACAGAUCAUGAUCGGUCGCACCCUUGCGCCAAUUCAUGUUGGUCUCAGAAGGAGGAAAGGAAACGGGCUUCAUCGUGUGCAAAAUUACAGAGAUAUCCUACAAUUUCAAUAUGCGUACAGCGAAUGCCGCUGUGUUCACAUGCAUCGCACAGCGACGAGACUGGUAUACAAUGACCAUGCAUUGAGCGC